CACCUGCGUGCUGACAAAGUAAGGCUUACAGUAUCACUAUCAAUAUUCAUCAUCAUGUGUUUCGACUUUCAAAAUCAGCGGAAUUUUGUUUUAUUUAUAGACUGUCUAUAGUUUUAUUAUACAAUUUUUCAGUCAUUUUUAUUCAUUCAAUCAUUCUGCUGUUAUAAGUAGUACAUUGGUUUACUUUUACACAUACCUAAAAUCUACUCAACUGUUACUUUACUAUAGUUCAAUUUUACUACCGGAAUACUUUGUAUGCGUUUCCUGAACCAUGCACCAGAAUCAAAAUUUGUUUUGGUUUCAAUGAAAUAAGUCAUUUCUGCAACCAUCCAAACUUAUAUUGACAAUGAGCGACUCAAAUAUGUUUUCGUUUAUUCCUGCUUCACAUAAAGACUGCAUUCUCACUGAAAAGUGGUGUUAUACGAAAGCUGAUAAAUACGAAUGCGAAUACACCUGGAUAAUUCAAGAUUAUAGCACGAAUGCCUCCAGGAUCCGUCAGAAAGGACUGAGAUCAUCUGCAUUUUCAGCUGCGAAUGAUUCUUCCAAGUGGGAGUGGUAUUUAGAGAUUUCAAUCAAUGAUCAUUAUAACCAUAAUCUUCAAGAAUACGAAGACUGGUUGUGUAUAAGCUUACAUUUGGGAACAGAAAGGAUUCAUGACUUUAAACCAAUUUCGGGAAACGUGACUAUCUCACUCAUGGACUCCAAGAAUCGUAAAGCAAAUACUAAUGAAGCGAACUUUUUUGUUGAGUUACGUGGAGAAGAUAGUACUCGUAAUAUCCACGCGUUUAAAUUCAUUAAAUGCGAUCAUUUGAUUUCUAUAAACGACGACGUAUUAUUACCGAAAGGUGAGCUGAGGAUUCUUUGCAAACUUUAUUUCAACCGGGAAUUCGUCAAUUUUACGAAUCCGAAUGAUGUUCCAAAUCAAAUAGAUGAAUUUAAUAGUGUUACGCAUGAUUUGGAAAAAUUGCUCGAUGAUGAAGAGAGUAGUGAUCUUAUGAUUAACGUUAAUGGAAAGGAUUAUCCAGCCCAUAAAACUAUUCUGGCAGCUCGUAGCCCGGUAUUUAAAGCCAUGCUUAAACACGACGUGGCUGAAACUCAACAAAAUCGCAUUGAAAUUAAAGAUAUCGAUGAGAAUAUUUUCAAAGAACUAUUGCGAUAUAUUUACACAGGAAGAGUUGAGAAUUUGAAAGAUACCGCAUUGGAAUUGCUGCUGGUCGCUGAAAAAUAUGAUCUAGAGCAUUUGAAGAAUAUGUGUGUAAGUGCAUUGAGUGUGCUACUGUCUGAAAAAACUGCUGUAAAAAUUCUUAUUCUAUCGGAUUUGAUUAAUGUGGAGUGCUUGAAAACUCGGGCGAUUGAAUAUGUAAAAGCGAAUUUAUUAGAAGUUAUGAGAUCAAAAGACUGGAAUGAUUUGAACUCGAAUAAAGACUUGAUGAAAUGUUUAUUAGAUUCAGAUCGAUGAAAUACAUUUUUAUAAAUAAAAUGACGCUGUAAUAUAAUUUCAAGUUAUUUUUGUUAUUUUUGAUGAAUUCAAAAUAAAUAAUUAUUUCUCAAAGUA